AUGUCAUCGGCAUCUGUGGAAACAGGAAAGAAAUGCAGCGAUAUGGACGUCGCUACCAAUAGUCAAAACAUGCAUUCUGAAUCUCAAAAAACGGGGGAAAAUAAUGAUAAGUAUAAAAACAAACAGUCUUCUGAAUCGCAAGGAAACUGCUACUGUGGUAAAGAUAGAAAUCUUAAUAUUGUUGAACUACUAUGUGCUUCGUGCAAUAGAUGGUAUCAUGAAUCUUGUAUAGGAUAUCAGUUGGGUAAGCUGGUGCCUUUUAUGACCAACUACCUUUUUAUUUGCAAGAAUUGUUCUCCUACUGGCUUAGAAACCUUCAAAAAGAAUCAAGCGCCUUUUCCUCAAAUGUGUGUCACAGCAAUGGCAAAUUUAAAACAAGAGAGUAGCAAAGAUGGAACUAAUAAAACUAUGUUCAGUAAAGAUAGGGAGAUAAUACCAUAUAUCGAUCAAUAUUGGGAAGCUAUGACUACAAUGCCUAGAAGGGUAACUCAAUCUUGGUAUGCAACAGUACAAAGGGCACUCAUAAAAGAUAUCCAAGUACUUUUUACAUAUGAAGAGGAUCCAAACCAGGGGCCCAUGUUUGGUUUAUUUAAUAUGGAAUUAACAAAUAUAAAACCAAAUUACGAAGCUAUGAUAAAGCAAGGACAAUUGAAAGUCACUGAUAUGGGGAUUGCUACUGGUAAGUCUAUUUAUAUAAUAGUCAUUGUGGACAGCCGC